ACACUGUAUCUCUUUAGUAUCCUUAUAGAAGCAUAGAAACUACUUCUGCUACUACUCUCACACAGUGCUUGAGACUGACAGAUCUUCACUGCAAACAUGAACAGCAAAGUUUCUCAGUCUGGAAUCCAACUGCAUACACAAAAUGAGGAGAUCCGCAUUGUUCUGGUCGGGAAGACAGGAGCUGGGAAAAGUGCUGCAGGAAACACCAUUCUAGUGGAAAAAGCUUUCCCAUCAAAAGCCUCCUCUGUUUCUCAGACAAAAACAUGUGAGAAGAGAAGAGGGAAGGUGGGUGAGCAAAGUGUAGCUGUUAUUGACACCCCAGGUUUGUUUGAUACUUCAUUGUCUAAUGAAGAGUCACUGAAAAAGAUUGCUAAAUGCAUCUCUUUCUCUGCACCUGGUCCCCAUGUGUUCCUGGUUGUGAUCCAGCUGGGAAGAUUCACUGAAGAGGAACAGAGAACUGUGGAGAUGAUUAAGACAUUAUUUGGUGAUGAAGCAUCCAAAUACGCCAUGGUUCUCUUCACACAUGGAGACUUUCUUCAUGGUGAUGAUGAUGAUGAUGAUGUAACAAUUGAACAGUUCCUGCUUGAAAAUCCAGAUCUGGAUAGUGUUAUUUCCCAAUGCAAUGGGGGAUAUCAUGUCUUCAACAAGAAAGAUAAGAAUCCCUCCCAGGUCACUGAGCUGCUUGAGAAGAUAAACAAGAUGGUGAAGAUGAAUGGAGGAAGCCACUACACCACUGAGAUGUUCCAGCAGGCUGAGAGAGCGAUUGAAGAGGAGAAGAACAGGAUCCUGAGAGAGAAUGAAGAGAAGAUAUGCAGACAGGAGGAGAAACUGAAGAAAGAAAAAAUGAUCCAAGAGGCUCGGGGAAAAGAGCUUAAAGAGAAGAAUGAGAGGAUCCUGAGAGAGAACGAAGAGCAGAAACGCAGACAGAAGGAACUGAAGACAGAUUCACAAGAGGCUCAGGAGAAAGCUAUUAAAGAGGAGAAGAAGAGAAUCCAGAGAGAGAAGGAAGAGCAGAGACUCAGGGAGGAGGAACUGGAGAAACUGAAACUGGAAAAAGAGGCUAAAGAUAAAGAAAUAAAGGAGUUGAGGGAAAAACAUGAAAGGGAGGCAAGAGAGAGUGCUGAAGGAACAAAUGGCUUUAUAGAUAGUUUUAUUCAAAAAGUUGCUGAAGUGUGGAAAACAUUGGGGAAAGCAGUAAAAGAUAGGUGCAGUACACAAUGAAAAUCUGAAACAAUGCUGUUCGAGAGUCCCAAGCUUAAUCACAUUGAAUGCAUUCAUAUACAGUGUACACUGUUGCCAUUCUACUGUUAUAGCCUGUAACUAUAGCAUUGACUUCUAUAGAUGUAUAUUCUAUAGCUUACAUAAAGCUUUAUGACAUUUAUCCUGGCUCUGCUGUGUCUGUGAUUUGUUUCCAUUUAUGUCAAUAGUAAACAUUAUGUAAUGACAAUUUAAGACAAAUACUAGAUAACAUUGAAUGUAAUCUACUGUUUCAUUUAUAUUCAAUGAGGACAUUUUCUUAAAAUAACACAAAUAAUCAUCAUGACAGUUUAUUAAAGCUGGUAAUUAGCUACAGAUGUGAUUUUAGGGUAGCUUUCAUGCAUUGGCAUUAUAUAUCAAAUAUGUUUUAAUCAACAACAAAAAAUAAAAAACGUAUUCAUGUUGUGCCUAA